CUGUGUUAUAUCCCUCAACUUAUACUUGACAACUCUUCGAUAACCACGUCAAUACCUCAAGUUGAUACUUCUCAAAAGUAUUCCUGCUGUUCCUGGCAAUCAUGGAUUCUGAUCUGAGUUUCAGGAGUGUAUCUCAUACGAUUCUCCAACUAACCAGCUUCACAUUCAUCGCAGUAUAUUAUCCAGUUCCCCGCCGCAAGCACAAACUAACAAUCCCCAGACCAUUCUCUAUGUUCUCAGCACCAUAAUAUACAAUCUAUAUUUCCAUCCGCUGUCCCAAUUUCCUGGUCCUAAAUUAUUCGCCUCGAGUCGAAUCUUCAGCAUCUAUCACAGUCUCCGUGGUACGCUAACUCACAAAAUCACCUCGCUCCAUCAAACCUACGGUCACGUGGUACGAACCGCUCCGGACACAUUAUCAUUUACCAGCGCGCAAGCCCUUCAAGAUAUCUACACGAGGAAGAAUGGACGACCGCCAUUUCCUAAAGAUCCUAUUCUGUAUACGCAGCCGGCGGACGGAGAGAAAUCGAGUAUUCUAAGCGUGAUUGAUGAUAAAGAUCAUACUCGCUAUCGACGCUUACUAUCCCAUGCAUUUUCCGAAAAGGCACUGAGGGAACAAGAACCACUGAUUAAAAAAUACAUAGAUCUUCUUAUUCAGCGACUUUAUGAAAAUGAAAAAAAGGGAAACCAGGAUAUGGUUCAUUGGUAUAACUUCACCACAUUCGAUAUCAUCGGUGAUCUAACCUUCGGAGAUUCAUUCGGAUGUUUGGAUAAAAGCGAUUACCAUCCUUGGGUUUCAUUUAUAUUUGUAUCAUUCAAAGCAGCUGCAUUCAUGGCUGCCGCGAAGAGAUUCGGACCACUUGUGAAAAUGGUCUUGGAUAAACUGAUACCGAAGAGGCUGAUCCAGCAACGACGAAAUCAUCAAGAACUUACACAUUCGAAAGUAGCCGAGCGAUUGGAGCGGAAAACAGAGAGGAAGGAUUUCAUGACAUAUAUCCUGCGUCACAAUCAUGACACGGAAAAUGGUAUGUCGAUUCCAGAAAUUAAAGCCACGGCCGGUGUACUCUUGCUUGCGGGGAGUGAAACGACAGCGACGCUUUUGAGUGCUGUUACGUAUUAUUUAUUGAAGGAGGGAAAUGAAGAAAUUUUGGCAAGAUUGACGCAGGAAAUUCGAACGAGUUUUAAGAAUGAAGAGGAGAUUCAUAUGGGCAGUGUGAAUCAAUUGAAAUAUCAACUUGCGGUCUUGGAAGAAACGAUGAGGAUUUUUCCACCCGCGCCAUCUGGUGGUCCGAGAAUUGUUCCUGGGGAUGGACAAUGGGUGGAUGGAUUUUGGGUUCCGGGUGGUGUGAGUUUCUUUUUCUUUCUGUUCUUUUCUUUUUCACCCUGUCGCUCUUUCACUUGAUAUACUGAACUAUUUGUCCAUUCAUUCAUUCAUUCAUUCAUGGAUACUUCGUCUGUCUAUCAUGUGAAUGCAUUCUACCGCUUUAGAAAUAAUCUCAAGGUUACAUACUAAUGGAGAAAACAACUCAUAGACAAGUGUAUCAUGCCUUGCCUACGCCACACACCACGACUCACUCAACUUCACCGACCCCAAUGCAUUUAUCCCCGAAAGAUGGCUCGCUACAGAUACAGAUACACCCGAAAAUAACCUCAAUCUUACAAACAACGAGAAAGGAGCUCAUCAACCUUUUAGUCUAGGACCGCGAAAUUGCAUCGGAAUUAAGUAUGAUUUUUUUCUUCUUCUUACCUUUAUCAACCUUUCUAUCUAUCUAUUCAAGUUGAAUAUAAUAUGUAUCUAUAAAAUACCCUUGAUAACCCUUCCUCCCCCCCCAAAAACGACAAAUUAUUCAAAAUCCCUCCUACUGCUACUCCUACUUCUAUUUGUAAUGAAUAAAUUUAACUUCAAAUUCAAAUUCAAAUCUCAACUAACCUAACCAACUAACACAAUCGACAGUCUCGCCUACGCAGAAAUGCGCCUCAUUCUCGCCCGUGUCCUAUGGAAUUUCGAUCUGGAACUUGCGGCUGAGAGUAGGAAUUGGGCGGAAGAUAUGAAGGUUUUUUUGUUGUGGGAGAAACCGGAGCUUUUGGUUAGGUUGAGGGGGUUAGGGUGGAGAGUGAGGGUAGGGAGGAGAGUGAGGGUAGGGAGGAGAGUGAGGGGUGGAGUGGGGGAGGAGUGAGAGAUGAGUGAAGGUGACUGAAGGAGGGUGGGGUUGGGAUUUGAUAGAUGA